UGUUUUUUUGUUGUUGCGCUUUUGAGUUUCAUUAUAAUUUAUUUUUUCUAGAACAAAAAAUGCAAACGUAAAUUUCUGUGUAAGCUCACUAUACACGGCAAGGAUCCCAGGAUUACACGACUCAGGGCAUUACAGGAUAAGGCAUGCGAAGAAAUCAAGACCCACAAACCAAGAAAGACGGCGAAAGAACCAAAGCGAGAACCUUUUAUCAAAAGCUGAGAAGUCCCCAAAGAAUGUAGCGUCUAAUUAGGGGACUUUCUCGAAAAUUCUCCCUUGAACCAACACAACAUUUCAUUUAACCAAAAAGCGUGGGGAACUGAAGAAGAAUGACAGCCGGCACAGAACUGUACUGCUGGGGGAGCACCUCCCACGGACAACUUGGUCUUGGCGGAAUCGAGGAUGAGCAGAUUCUUACCCCUAGUCAAGUCCCUUGGACGCCGGACUCUGCCAUAACACAGGUGGCCUGUGGACACCGGCACACACUGUUCCUGACCGCCAGUGGAAAAGUGUACGCCUGCGGAAGCAACGACCACUCCCAACUGGGUCACGAUUUGCCCACCAAAAGGCCACGUAUGUCGCCAUUUUUGCUUAUACCUGAGCUGCAGGACUAUGUGAUUAUUCAGAUUGCCUGCGGAAGUAGGCAUUCGAUGGCUCUUUCGGAGUGGGGUCAAGUCUUGAGUUGGGGAGACAAUGACUGCGGACAGCUGGGCCAAGCCACCGACCAAGACAUCGUGCAGUUGCCAAAGAUUGUGCGCCAAUUGGUAUCCAAAACUGUGGUGCAAAUUGCCUGUGGCAACAAUCACAGCCUAGCUCUGACCAGUUGUGGCGAGUUGUAUUCGUGGGGCUCCAAUAUAUAUGGCCAGCUUGGCGUAAACACCCCAAAGGAUAUGGAGCAUUGCAACCAACCCGUGCGGUUGAGCACGCUGCUGGGGAUUCCAGUCGCGGCAAUUGCUUGCGGUGGGAAUCACUCCUUCAUUAUCUCCAAAUCCAGUGCUGUGUUUGGAUGGGGUCGAAACAACUGUGGGCAGCUGGGAUUAAACGAUGAAACUAGUCGAUCUUAUCCCACACAGCUUAAAACACUGCGAACCCUGGGCGUUCGAUUUGUGGCCUGUGGGGAUGAGUUUUCCGUUUUCUUGACCAACGAGGGUGGAGUCUUCACAUGCGGAGCAGGAGCCUACGGCCAAUUGGGACACGGGUUUGGAGCCAACGAAAUGCUGCCAAGAAUGGUGAUGGAACUUAUGGGAAGCACCAUUACACAAGUGGCGUGUGGAAAUCGUCAUACAUUGGCAUUGGUACCGUCGCGCGGCAGAGUUUAUGGUUUCGGAUUGGGUAGCUCUGGACAGCUGGGAACGAGGAGUACAAAAAGCUUAACACUACCACAAGUGGUGAUUGGUCCUUGGGUAUCCCCAAGUGGGUCAGCUCUUCUUCAGUCCAACGAUGCAAAGGUCUCUGUGGUGAUCCAUCAAAUAUUCUCUGGCGGAGAUCAGUCCUUUGUGAGCACCACUCUGUUUGUGGAUAAAGUGCCGCCCGAGGAUCAAAGAAACUACAAGCCCAAGUCCCAGAUCCUUGCCUUAUCAGAAGACGUCACCAAGCAGUGCACCCGUUUCAAGCAAAACGAUCAAAGCGAUUUGGAUUUGCUGAAUUCAAUCGAGUUGAUAUUCAAAAGUCAGGCUUGUCUAAAUGCUUCCUUCCUACUUGACAACGACCGGCACUUUGGAUGCUCCGUACGGAAUUAUGGAUUGGAUCUUAAAGCUGCCCAAUUGGCAUUCGAUCAUUUACGCAACGUGGAAAACGAGAGCAUCAAACAAGUGAUAUGGGAGAACAUAACGAAGGAGUUGAUAGGAUCACUGGUUGCUUCGCCGGCGGAUGUCGAAAGUAUGCGUCUUUAUCUUCUGUUGCCGCUCUACCACGAGUUCGUCAACUCGAAACACUACAAGUCACUCCAGGUGCCCUUUGCCCAUGCCAUAUUUAAGCUAACGGAGAACCCACGAAAAGUUCUUAUGAAGUGGUUGGCCCAAACGCCGGCGGAUUACUUCGAGCAUAUUGUCCAAAACUUCUUGCAUGUAGUCAUUCAUAUUAUAAGUUUUAAAAUGGGUUUGGCGGCCAUCAAUUCCUCUGCCGAGAGACAACAAAGGUUGCUACCAUACAACAAGGAACUGGAGACAAUCCUGAAAAUGAUGCAGACCCUUUGUGUGAUAAACAAUUUGCGGGAUGUUAAGCUAAACUACCAACUAUUUUACUGGCCAGAUCUGUCCGAUUACGCUGACGUGCAGCAGGAGUACGUCAAGUGGAUCAUGGCCGACACUGCCAGCGAAUUUAAUAUUUGCAACUUUUCAUUCCUCUUCGAUCCGUCUGCCAAGACGGCACUACUCCAAGCUGAUCAGGCACUGCAGAUGCACUCUGCCAUGGCCAAUGCGGCUUCAAAUGCAUUUUAUAACCUCCUUAAUUAUGGACUGCCUGUUUCCCAUUUUAUUGUACUGAACGUGACGCGGGAGAAUCUGGUUCAGGAUUCUUUGCGAGAGCUGCAACGCUACUCGCAGACUGAUCUCAAAAAGCCACUAAAAAUUAAGUUCCACGGCGAAGAGGCUGAGGAUGCCGGCGGUGUGCGGAAAGAAUUUUUCAUGCUACUUUUGAAGGACCUUCUCGAUCCCAAGUACGGGAUGUUUAAGGAAUACGAAGAGUCGCAUCUUCUCUGGUUUGCAGAUCUCAGCUUUGAGACGGAAAACAUGUACUUCCUGAUUGGCGUACUCUGUGGCCUGGCCAUUUACAACUUCACCAUCAUUAACCUGCCAUUUCCGUUGGCCCUGUUCAAGAAGCUGCUGGGAAAACCAGUAGAUCUGAGUGAUCUUCGUCAGCUUUCCCCACCGGAAGCCAAUUCCAUGCAGUCAAUACUCGACUACGAAGGCGACGACUUCAAGGAGGUCUUCGACUUGACAUUCGAAAUAUCGCGGGAUGUAUUUGGAGAGUCGGAGAUGAAGUGCCUUAAGCCCAACGGCAAUGAAAUGCCCGUAACGCUUGAAAAUAGGGAAGAGUUUGUCAAUCUGUAUGUGGACUUUGUUUUAAACAAGUCGGUGGAAAUGCACUAUAAUGCUUUCCACAAGGGCUUCAUGAAAGUGUGCUCCGGUCGUGUGAUUCACAUAUUCCAGCCGGAGGAGCUAAUGGCUGUGGUGGUUGGAAAUGAAGACUAUGACUGGCAAGCGCUCCAGGAUAACUGUGUAUACCGAGAGGGGUAUACGUCGGGCGAUGAGACUAUCAAAUGGUUCUGGGAGGUGAUCCAUGAUCUGACUGAGGCCGAAAAAAAGAGUUUCCUCCUUUAUUUAACCGGCAGUGAUCGUAUACCCAUCCAGGGCAUGAAGGCGCUUAAGAUGUCUAUCCAACCGACGCCCGACGAACGAUUUCUUCCCGUGGCCCACACCUGUUUCAAUAUGCUAGAUUUGCCAAGGUAUAAGACGAAGGAACGUCUCAAAUUUAAGCUCCUCCAGGCCAUCCAGCAAACGCAAGGCUUUAGUCUGGUCUGAACCCAAGGGUGUAGCCCCUCAAUAACGUUGACUUUCAUGUGCAGGUAUUUUUCACAGUUUCCCCAACAGAAUUUAGCCCUUUUUGGAUUGUUACCUUAAUAUAAGCAAAAACCACAUGUAACACACAUUUGUCAUUGAUCAAAUCAAAUAGAAUAAUAAUGUGUUAUAGCUUUAAUGUUUAA